CUAAUUCAAUUAUUCAUCCAUUUCCUUAACCUCAUCCACAAUGAGAUCUAUAAUCUAGCAGUACCUUACACUAUUCACUUUAAACCACCGACAACUAUCGAUUUAGCUGGCAAAAUACAACUGUUUUAUGUAUGAAUAACAUCAAAUAUAAAUAUACAUAGCGGGAAAAUCCCAAAUCUGUUCUUUCCUCAUAUAAUUACCAUCAGCUAGAUCUCCUCCAAAAUUUCCCAGAAAUUCAUUAAUGGGUUCUCUUCCCCAAUCAUUUAACCUAAUUUCUCUUGAUGAACAUCAAAAAUUAAACGAAAUUAACCUCUUUAACCUCUUCAAAACCCAACAAACUUACCUAAAUUACUUCUUCCAACACUUAGACAUUUCACAAACCUUGAAAUUCACCCAAAUUCUCCUCAAUUCUAAUGGCACAAUUUUCUUCACUGGGGUCGGUAAAUCUGGGUUUGUAGCUCAGAAAAUAUCGCAAACAUUGGUUUCUCUUGGAAUCCGAGCUGGGUUUCUCUCCCCUGUUGAUGCCCUUCAUGGGGAUAUAGGCAUUCUUUCUAAAAACGAUGUUGUUGUGUUCUUCAGUAAGUCAGGGAAUAGUGAGGAAUUGAUCAGAUUAGCACCUUGUGCUAAAGCUAAAGGGGCGUAUUUGGUUGGGAUUACAUCUAGUGAGAUUAAUAAUUUGAUGGGUUUUUGUGAUCUUAAUGUGCAUUUGCCUCUAGAGAGAGAAUUGUGUCCUUUUGAUCUUGCGCCGGUCACAUCCACUGCUAUUCAGAUGGUUUUUGGGGAUACGGUUGCCAUCGCUUUGAUGAGUGCUAGGAAUUUAAGCAGACAAGAGUACGCUUCUAACCAUCCUGCUGGUAAAAUUGGGAAGAGCCUAAUUUUUAAGGUGAAGGAUGUGAUGAAGAAACAACACGAACUUCCUGUCUGUAAAGAAGGGGACCUUAUAAUGGAUCAGCUGGUCGAGCUUACUAGCGGGGGAUGUGGAUGUCUUCUUGUUAUCAACGAUAAUUACCAUCUAAUUGGCACCUUCACUGAUGGAGACUUGAGGCGUACACUUAAGGCCAGCGGAGAAGGAAUCUUCAAGCUUACAGUUGGAGAGAUGUGCAACAGACAUCCUAGAACAAUCGGACCAGAAGCAAUGGCGGUAGAGGCAAUGCAAAAGAUGGAGUCUCCACCCUCCCCGGUGCAGUUUCUACCUGUUAUCAAUGACCAAGACAUACUAAUCGGGAUUGUUACCUUGCAUGGUUUGGUCUCAGCGGGUUUGUAAUGUUUCCAACAAGAACAUUUGCACUUUUGUCGAAUCGAGUCAUGUGGUAGUUCGUCUUAGAUAAUAUUCUUUGUUGUAUUUUUGUACGGUGUCCGUAUACGACUUAUUGUUUACUAGGCCUCUUCAUUCAUGUAAAGUGAUUUAUUGCAUAAUAGAAGUAUUCUAUCAAGUUUAUUUUGCACCAAAUGGUAUCCUUCAGUUCAUGGCUACCUGAUUUUAUAUUCUGCAUUCAUAAUUCAUAAGUUCUGUACACAUUAUAUUUUUAUUGUUUUGUAUGCCAUAUUUAUAGAGUAUUUAUAAUUU